ACACUGCGUAAUGGCUAUGCAGAUGCAACUUGAAGCAAAUGCAGAUACUUCAGUGGAAGAAGAAAGCUUUGGCCCACAACCUAUUUCACGGUUAGAGCAAUGUGGCAUAAAUGCCAACGAUGUCAAAAAGCUGGAAGAAGCUGGAUUCCAUACUGUUGAGGCUGUUGCUUAUGCACCAAAGAAAGAGCUAAUAAAUAUUAAAGGGAUUAGUGAAGCCAAAGCUGAUAAAAUUCUGGUACGUGGAAUUGAAACUGGAUCCAUCACAGAGAUGUUUGGAGAAUUUCGAACUGGGAAGACCCAGAUCUGUCAUACACUGGCUGUAACAUGUCAGCUUCCUAUUGACCGGGGUGGAGGUGAAGGAAAGGCUAUGUACAUUGACACGGAGGGCACUUUUAGGCCAGAACGACUGCUAGCAGUGGCGGAGAGAUAUGGCCUCUCUGGCAGUGAUGUCCUGGAUAAUGUUGCAUAUGCGCGAGGGUUCAACACAGACCACCAGACCCAGCUCCUUUAUCAAGCCUCAGCCAUGAUGGUGGAGUCCAGGUACGCACUACUGAUUGUAGACAGUGCCACGGCCCUCUACAGAACAGACUACUCUGGUCGAGGCGAACUGUCAGCCAGGCAGAUGCACCUGGCCAGGUUUCUGCGGAUGCUUUUACGACUUGCUGAUGAGUUUGGUGUAGCAGUGGUAAUCACUAACCAGGUGGUAGCCCAAGUGGAUGGAGCAGCCAUGUUUGCUGCGGAUCCCAAAAAACCUAUUGGAGGAAACAUCAUUGCCCAUGCCUCAACAACCAGACUGUACCUGAGGAAAGGAAGAGGAGAAACCAGAAUCUGCAAAAUCUAUGACUCUCCGUGUCUUCCUGAAGCCGAAGCGAUGUUUGCCAUCAAUGCGGACGGAGUGGGAGACGCCAAAGACUGAGUCCGUGGGUUUGUACCUGUUGUAAACCUACGUGCUGCAAUCUAGCGGAGAGGACUGCUCCCUGGGGUUCUUCACGAGCCUCUUCCUGUUGUGACUGCCGGGAAAAGUAUUCUGGGAAAACAGCUAUUGUAUUUUUCUGUCGGUGUAAACAGGAUGCAGGUCAGUAGUCACAAGUGAAUCUGAAAUGUUGGUUCUUCUGAAGUAUGUUAAUCUAUGUGAUUUCUUUGGUUUGUAGAGAUGAGCUGGGGAACACCUUGAUAAGUGCCUUGGGGCUUGACUAACAGCUACUGGACAAACACGUCGUAUAUUUUCAAGAGCUAAAGCUGGGGAGGUAGUCUGUGUCUGAUGAUGAAAUACGUUGCGUUCGCUAGGUCUCCUCACGGCUUCUUUCUCUCCUGUCAAUCUGUAAACAGGUGUUUACAUUUGUGAGUCUGGACUGUUUGGGGUUAAGGAAUGCUGAGUAGGCCUGCCAGGCCACUAGCACUUCACUCUAUGCUUGGGUAUUUGCUGCUACCGGUGCAAGCUAGUUCUGAGAUAUUAGCAUUUCAGAUUAAGUAAGCAUUUUCAGUGUGAAACUGGUAAUAAAAUAGUUUUACUUAUA